AUGUUAAAAAAUUUAUUUUUAUUACGAAUUAAUGGCGUAGCCAGCACCAUGUCGACCCUAACGAAAAUGACCCGCACGGUUAAAAAACUGGAGGUGCCCAGGCCCUUAAAAUCGACGACCAGUUCCGCACAUAACCGUAACUCUGUAUUGGACGUGAAAAUUAAUUCUGUUGACGACCUAAUAGUGUUGACGGAAGGUGUGGCUUACCAAAUGAUGCAGGGCAAUUUCGAUCGUGCACUUCAAAGUAAUGUUGCUACUAUGUACUCUAAUCUUAAACUAUAUGGGGCUCAGCUGGAGGCACUUUACAAGGAAUUUCUUGAUAGAUAUUUUGUUGUAUUCCGUAAUGGUUCUCAAGACGAGAGAUUGGAUAAAAAGACUCGACUCCAUCUUCUUGAACUCAUUGAAUUACGAGCCAAACAUUGGCAAGGGUCUGAUUAUAUGAGUCAAUAUUAUAGACACCGUGGCACUCAUGCUGAGCCACUUUUAGUGCCAACAAUGGAAGGUUCGGGGUCAGGAGGCUCGGUUUCCCCAACGCUGGCUACGCCUGCCGAGCCGCCCACUUUGCUUGGCCCCGGCGAGGUCAUCAAGCCUUCUGGCAAAUUUCCUAAGCCAACAAAAAUUCCUGGCAAAAACUAUUCAAAGGAUGAGGUUGUCAUUAGGAAUGCCGACUCUGGAAAAGUGAUGGGUAUCAAGGGCAGACGGGUGCACAUGAUCGAGGAGAUAAGUGACACGAUUAUAUCGUUUCAGAGAGUGAGUCCAGGCGCCAAGGAGAGGCUUGUUCAAAUCACAGGACCAAAUGAAGAAAAUGUUAAUCACGCGAAGCACUUAAUUGGAGACACAAUUCGGCGCAACGCGUCGCCGGUGAGAUUGGAGGGGGCGCUAGAGGGCGCGCUGGCUGGCUCCCGCGCCUCUCUCGACUCCAAUGGUUCUGACGACGCACCGCGUAUCGUCCAGCGUGAGAAAUCUCCUCACAACACUCGCGCUUUGCUUCAUAGCUUUUCUACCAAUGACGCCGCACUAGGAGAAUAUAAGUACACUGUGACUUUUGGCCAACAUUCCAUUAAGAUCACGGGCAGCAAUUUGGAUCUUGUUAAAACCGCGAAGCUGGUGCUGGACGAGUACUUCGAGAGUGCGGGCGCGCUGGAAGCGCUCGGCGCCGGCUCUGGGGACUUCUUCACGCUGUCGCAGCGGCCCGGCGCGGCGCUUCUCCUGCGCGACGACACGCUCAACGGCGACGACGACGUGUUCGCGCCCUCGCACGCCGCCGACGACGCUCAAGCGGCGGGCGCGGGGGAUGGCGAGUACACGCCGCGCCGCCCGCGCUUCUCUCGCGCUACCAGCACCGACAAGAACCAAGGUGCCGCCGUCUCGCGGCAGACGUACACGUACGAGACGCUGGUGCAGUACGCGGACUCGCCGCUCAGCAAGCUGCCGCCCGCCGGCCUCGCCGCCUUCCCGCCGGAGCUGGCGCGCAAGGUAACGCCGCGCCGCGAGCCGCGCCCCCCGCCCGCCCCCCACGCCCCGCACGCCCCCCACCCGACCCACGCCGCCCACGCGCCCGUCUCGCAGCGCCUCCUGGCCCCAUUCCGCGUCUGGCCCCCCCUCCACCACCCCAACUACCUGGCAGCGCUGCUGUGCCGCAACUUCUAC